UUGAACCCCAGACCCACCAGAGAGCAGGACCUGGUCCAACCCACUGCUCCACCACAGCUGUUAUAUCAUUCUUCCAUAAGUUAGCAUUCAAUGAGAAAGCAUUUGACCUGUGAAUGAGUGGGUUCACUGACUUGCUAUCCCUUGGUUUGUGGUUCAAGUGGCUGUAAUGUUAAAGUUGUAUGUUUCUGCUAUUGUCUUUCUUCCCUUUAGGCCCAUCUGAAUCUUCAUAGAAUAACUGAAGAAAUGUUUUAUUCAUUCAGCUCAUACUCUUGUCCAACAACAUCAUGUGUAAUCCUUAGUUAGUUGUGUUGCUGAGCAUAGGAUGCCUAUGUGUUUGGAGGUGCCGCAAUCAAGUGUAAUGUUUAGUUUUAUGCUAUACAGUUGUGUAAGAACACCUUUUUUUCUUCCCAUAUUUCUUUAAAAUAUUUACACAUGGUCGGAGAUGGCAUCCUUGUCAGUGGAUGCUGAUUGUGACAUAAGUAUUGCUAGUUCAAGUCCUGGUCUUACCUUGGUACCCCAAGUGAAUUUUUCUAGUAAAAGAUCCAACUGUAUAAAUGGCUGAAAUUGAAAGUUGCUUUGUAUUUAAUGCUUCAACUAAGCAAAGCAUUUUUCUCUGUUUUCAGGCAUCCAAUGAGAGCCUAAAAAUGGAGCUUCUUGCAGAUGUCCCCCUGCUACCUGGGGAGGAGAGAGUGAUUGACAAAGACAUCAUAUAUAUCUGCCCCUUCAAUGGCCCAGUGAAAGGGAGAGUGUUCAUCACCAACUACAGACUUUUUUUCAGAAGCGUGGAUGUGGAUCCUGCAGUGACUCUCAAUGUGCCGUUGGGUGUUAUAAGUCGAGUAGAGAAGAUGGGCGGGGCAUCGAGUCGAGGAGAGAAUUCAUAUGGACUUGACAUCACAUGCAAGGACAUGAGGAACCUGCGAUUUGCUUUGAAGCAAGAAGGCCACAGCAGGAGAGAUAUUUUUGACAUUCUGUUUCGAUAUGCCUUCCCCCUGUCCCAUGGCUUGCAACUUUUUGCCUUCCUGAGCCAGGAGAAGUAUCAGGAAAAUGGAUGGACUGUUUACAACCCUGUUCAGGAGUUCAGGCGACAGGGCUUGCCAAAUGACCAGUGGAGGAUCACCUUCCUGAACAAUAACUAUGAGCUAUGUGACACCUAUCCCACCAUCCUGGUGGUCCCGUACAGCGCUUCUGAUGAAGACCUGCGCAAAGUAGCCACCUUCCGCUCUCGUGGCAGAAUCCCUGUGUUGUCAUGGAUCCACCCUGAGAACCAGGCUGUGAUCACACGCUGUAGCCAGCCCCUGGUGGGGAUGAGUGGGAAGCGUAACCGAGACGAUGAGCGCUACCUGGAUAUCAUCCGGGCCACCAAUAAAAUGACAAGCAAGCUCACCAUCUUUGAUGCACGGCCCAAUGUCAAUGCUGUUGCCAACAAGGCCACAGGUGGUGGGUAUGAGGGUGAAGAUGCAUACCAGAAUGCCGAGCUGGUGUUUUUGGACAUUCACAACAUUCAUGUAAUGAGAGAGUCUUUGAAGAAGCUGAAGGACAUUGUCUAUCCCAAUGUGGAGGAGUCCCAUUGGCUGUCCAGUUUAGAGUCUACACACUGGCUGGAGCACAUCAAGCUGGUGCUGUCGGGAGCCAUCCAAGUGGCAGACAAGAUCUCAACAGGAAGCUCGGUGGUGGUGCACUGCAGCGAUGGGUGGGACCGCACAGCACAGCUCACCUCCCUUGCCAUGCUGAUGUUAGACAGCUACUACCGCACGUUCAGGGGCUUUCAGGUGCUGCUGGAGAAGGAGUGGAUCAGCUUCGGACACAAGUUUGCGUCAAGAAUUGGUCAUGGUGAUAAAAACCAUGCAGAUGCAGAUCGGUCGCCCAUCUUCCUGCAGUUCAUCGACUGCGUGUGGCAGAUGACCAAGCAGUUCCCCACGGCCUUCGAAUUCAAUGAACGCCUCCUGGUGGCGGUGCUGGACCACUUGUACAGCUGUCGCUUUGGCACUUUCCUCUACAACUGCGAGAGUGCCCGAGAUGCCAAUGAGGUCAAGAUGAAGACUGUGUCCCUCUGGUCAUUCAUCAACAGUGACAGGGCUUCCUACAUUAACCCUUUCUAUACAGUGGAGUUUGUGCAUGUGCUGUACCCAGUGGCCAGCAUGAGGCACCUCGAGCUGUGGGUGUCCUACUACAUCCGGUGGAACCCCCGCAUCCGGCAGCAGCAGCACAGCCCAAUGGAGCAGCGAUACAAGGAGCUGCUGGCCCUUAAGGAGCAGUACCUGAGGAAGCUGGAGGAGCUGCAGCUCUCAGACUCUACUUCACACCUGUCCAACAGCACGGCCCCCUCCCCCAGCACCCCUUCACAGCGAGUCACACACCUGCAGACGCCCUUCUAACAGCACUCUGCCUCCUCCCCAGGGUUUGUACAUAGUAACGUGAUUAAUAAUGAUUACAAGGACGCUGCGAUAGUUAUGAUAGUAAUAAAAUGAUGAUGCAAUAAAUCACUGAACGGCCUUCACAACAUCAACGGAGAAGCCUUAAACACACGUGUGUGUCAAUUUGAGACAACCUAAUGGGGAAAAGCGCAUUGCUCUCCACGUGCUUUGCGGAAAGAGCAGGACUUUCUCCUGACCUCAUCUGGAGUCCAGCAGUUUUUCAGCCUGCUGCUUGAUGUCACCGUGUCUUCCCUAAGCCAAAGAGGAGGUUGUGGGCCAUUGACACGAGGUUGGAGGAAGGACACAUGGAUCAUUCAAGGGACAGAAAAGUGUAUUUUAUAAAGUUUAUUUUCAUUGCAGCAUUAUUACAGUAUUUUGUUUUGACACGUCACGCAAUGCUAGUUAUGCCCGAAAAUGACAUAAGUAGUGUUUCAAAUCCAGGUUAAACUGGACUGAUUAGGGCAAAUGUUCACAAAGUAUCCUCUGAGGUGGGAGCAAGGAUUGUGGAUGUGCAGGGUAUGGUCUCAUAAUUCAGAAGUGAGUCUGCAAAAUCAAAAGGAGUAUCCUUGAAAAUGUAGAGCUAUACCACAUUGUAAUUAUAACUGACAGUAAUGUUUGACUGAAAUGCAAACCAGGGUUUAAUUGAAUUGCCCAGUGAAAGAUGUUAAGGGUUUGUUAACCCUUUAAAACAGUCUCAUUAUUUUGUCUUUCAGUGCCAUCGCUUGUUGGAUGCACUGAAGUGCACUAUUUAACGAAACGACUUUUUUUUUUUUUUUUUUUUUUUUUUCCUUUUAAAUUUAAAAAUGUUUCAUUUUGACCAGCAGCCCCUUUCUUUGGAGCCAGUGCUCACUGACUGCUGAUACUUGUCAGGUUUCAGUUAUUUUAGUUAAAUUUUGUUUUCAGCGUAUUUCCAAUUUUAAGUCCUGGGAGCUUUUCUUAAUUAUAGCCUUAAGCAUCUUGUGUAUAGUCUGUAGUUACAAAGGGUUUCAGUGUGAAUUGUGGAACUGAGAAUAGAAUUGUACUGUAGAUAUCUUGUGUUUCACUGAGGAUGUUGAAAAUGGUGAUGAUCAUGAAGUGUGUGUAUUUUUUUUUUUAAAAAAAAAAAAAAAAAAGGGGUGAAUGCACUGCCCCCGCCCCCUCCCGGGCCAGUUGAGCAGGUAAUGAAUCUUGACCAGUUUUGUGCCUUGACUGUCUGAGGCUCCUUCAGAUGGACACUUUGUAUGGAGAUGUUGUAAUACUCUGACUAGAGCGUCAGCUGCGACCACCGUUGUCUCAAGUGUUUUUACUGCAUUUUUUUCAACUCUGGUCAGGGAUGGGUGUCUGUAGUCACUCAGCUUCUCUUUAUGCACCUUCUUAGCAAUUAAGCAAGGCAGAAAAGAUGGUCAUUUGACUGACAGUUUACAGGGUGAAGUACAGCCUUGCCCUUGUUGGACUGCAGAUACCUGUUGCUGCUCUGAAAAGCUCCAUUUCAACACUUUGGCCUCAAUGAGGAGAUAAAGUGAAGCAGCAGAGAGAAGCAACAGAAGACUUUAAGCUGUUUUACAGAAAAGUUUUUACUUUGUACAAGUACAUUAACUGUAAUUACCUCAAAAUGCCUAUUUUACUGUUUAAAGUUAUACAGUAUUGUAAAGUAUUUUAUUUAGUGUAAAGCUUGGUGGUUUUAUAAAAAAGUAACAAUGUUUAAUGAAUUGUAAGUUGCAGAAGCCUUUUCUUCUGUAGGUUUUCCUUUCCCUGGUGGCUGUUAGAGUUCCUUGCUUUGUGAGCGAGCACAUGGCACGCUGAAGUGUCACAGUUUUUCAGGCCAUAGGGCAUAGAGGAUAGAGGAUAGAAUGCCAGUCACACGAUGCCACUCGAUCUGUGGACUCCAGCUGAGUUGAAGUUCACUGGAUGCCACAUUCGAGACAUGUUCUACAGUUUUUUUUUUUUUUUUUUUCCCCCCUCUUCCCCUUCCUCCCUUCUUUUUCCUCUCUUAUGUAGGACUGACGUUUUUAAAGGCAGCGUCCUGGUAUGUGUAUAAACUGCACGGUUAUUUGGCUAGCUCUUAUGGAUGUAAAUAGUGCUGAUUAAUUUAAAGAGUUCAGACAACUUUAUUACUUUAUGGCCUGGAAGACUCUAUGGAUCUGAGAAUAGGACAGUUAUAUAUUAUCAUAAAUUGAACUGUAAGGAUUGUAUUGGAUCCAAGUUGGACUCAAGAUCCUAAACGUCAGGCAUGUGUGUAGCUUCCUGAAUUGCACUUUAGUUGUCGGGCCGGUAUAAAGCUGGACAACUGCAUUCAGCAUCGCUGCCUCCUGGACUCGUUCUGCUGAGGACGGGUUCAAAUCCGCCACAAGAUCUGUUCAGUUCCUCUAGGUCCAUGUAAGCCUGAUGAUUGUCCUGCAAAGUUCAUUCUGCAGACACAUGAUGUAACGUUCAUAUAUUCGUUUUUCUUUGUAGAGACAACGGUGAAGGUUUUUUUUUUGGUCCAUUUUCAGGAAUACCGGCCGUACAGGAGUAUUUGGUAACAUUUCAUUUAUACCAGGAAAGCAAUAGAUGUGCGAUUUUAUUAAUUUAUUAAUUUUUUAAGAAAAAAAAACUGGUUGAUAGGCAGCUUGAAGCAUGUGUAUGGAUUUUCUUAGAGAGAAACGGGCAAUGAGAGAAGGCGAUUGAUUCCGGCGACUUGCACUACUUUCUCUACCCCGAAACCACGUUUUCUCAUUGAAUACCCGAAGGAGACUUUUGUUAAAAGCAAAAAAGGUGUUUUGUUUUUGUUUUGUAAUAAGGGAAUAAAAUCUUGCUAGAUUAAUGCAGACCUGUCA